AUGACAUUCAUGCUUGCCACUCGGCGGCAGUAUGGUCAUGAAAAAAACGUCUUCUAUCACAAUUGGCGUCAUGCCGUGGACGUUACGCAGUCAUUAUAUUGCUUCUUGUGCGAUGUUCAUUUGUGUCCGCCACUGGGCGGUCGACCUAUUUCCAAGAAGGAAAUGAACGCACUAGAACGUCUUUUCACCCCACUAGACGCUUUGAUCCUACUCGUCUCGGCUAUCGGCCACGAUGUCGGACAUCCAGGCGUCAACAACGCAUUCCUCGUCGCUUCCAACCACCACCUUGCUCAAAUGUACAAUGAUCGAUCUGUUCUCGAAAAUUACCACGGUGCCGCUUACUCUCAGCUCCUGCGACGACACUGGUCAUCGCUAUCACAGGUCCCACAUUUCCGCACGACGAUGAUUUCGACUAUCCUUGCCACCGACAUGCAGAGACAUUUCGAAUACAUGGGUCAGCUUAGCGAUCUCAAGCGCAAGGUCUCCGAGGCCGACGAGGAGCUAUCCAACUGGAACGACAAGGACAAAGAUCACGCCAAAGAGGUCGCUAUGGCGCUGCUUAUCAAAGCUGCCGAUAUUUCAAACGUCGCACGUCCCUUUGACAUUUCUGCUCACUGGGCUUUGGUAUUAAUGAAUGAGUUCGCCAACCAGGGUCAGCUGGAGAGCGAGUUACAAAUACCUACCUGCCUUUUCGGUGGUCCACCAAACACAGAAGAUCGGGUGGCUGCCGCACAAAGUCAGAAAGGAUUUAUGGAUGUAUUUGGAUUCCCACUCUUCCGCGGUCUUUGUGAUGUCAUGCCAAAUGUGUCAUGUACAUUGCCAGAAUUGGAGAAGAAUAGAGCAAUCUGGGAACAAAGGAUAUCUGAGGAG